AUGGAGAACAAGAUAAACUUGAAGGCUUUGGUGGAUAAGCGGAGCAACAAAGUUAUCUUCAUAGAGUCCGACCAUGCUUUUGUCGAUGUUCUCCUAAGUUUCUUGACAAUCCCCUUGGGAACAAUAAUCAAGCUUGGUCGUGAGCAUUCAGUACCAGUGGAAAUCGGCUGCAUUAACAAUUUGUAUUCAAGUGUGGAGGAAAUUGACGCACGUGAGUUGCGGUCAGAUGCAUGUAGAGAAAUGUUGUUACUUCCCCGCAACGCGGCUGAAUCUCAUUGCAAGAACCUUGUAUUGCAAAUUGAUCACAAUGCCAAGCCAACACAGUACUUUGUAUGCUCUCGUUAUUGCCUGGACACAGCCACAAGUAAGUUCUUUAGUUACUACCCAGGUCUCUUGUGUGUAGGGUGCAUGGAUACCAGGCAUCGGGAGAUUUCACUUUCGGUGGAUGAUGCAAGCGCCUUUGUAAAAGAGCGAGCCAGGCUUCUAAUUACCGAUGAUUUACAACUGAUCUCCCCUUUUUGCACAUCAAUCGUUUCUUUAUUUACCAAGCUUGGAGUCACCAAUAGGAAUACUACGGAGGAGUUGAAUUUGAAUAUUGGAGUUGAUGAGGUUCUCAGUUGUUGA